ACCGCUGAUCCUGGGCGCCCGGGUGCUCUCUCCUGCUGCCGUUAGCUCCUUCUCGGUGCAGCCGGCCGAGGUCGCAUUCGCGGCGGAGUUAUCCCCCGUCUGUUCCCGUGAAUCCCUCUCCCCAACCGAAGGGCGGUUUCGCUGAGCGAGGGUCGGUGAGGUGUAAGAUGGCGGCUCGGAUUUACAGGACAUGUAUAAGCAUAAGGGGAGUUACAACAGCUUUGCAAACACAAUGUAUUAAGAAAAACUUGAUGCACCGUCGGAUUUCAACCCCUCUUGCAAACUAUAAAUGCAACUUUAGUACAACUUAUUCAAACUUUGCUCCUGCUGUUACCCAGCCCGCUCCCUUUUUCAAGGGCACUGCUGUAGUCAAUGGUGAGUUCAAGGAAAUCAGCCUGGAUGACUACAAAGGGAAAUACCUGGUUGUUUUCUUCUAUCCUCUGGAUUUUACUUUUGUUUGUCCGACUGAAAUCAUUGCUUUCAGUAACAAAGCAAGUGAGUUCCAUGACGUAAACUGUGAAGUAAUUGGUGUUUCUGUAGACUCUCAUUUCUCUCACCUUGCCUGGAUCAACACUCCAAAAAAGAGUGGCGGUUUAGGGCACAUGAAUAUACCACUACUGUCCGAUAUAACAAAGCAAAUGUCACGGGAUUAUGGAGUGCUACUGGAAAAUGCUGGUAUUGCUCUAAGAGGUCUUUUCAUUAUUGAUGUUAAUGGAAUUAUCAAGCACAUAGGCAUCAAUGAUCUGCCUGUAGGUCGCAGUGCUGAAGAAACUCUGCGCUUAGUUAAGGCAUUUCAAUUUGUUGAAACCCAUGGAGAAGUUUGCCCAGCAGAGUGGACCCCUAACUCUCCAACGAUCAAGCCUUCCCCAGAAGCUUCCAAAGAAUAUUUUUCUCAAGUCAAUGAAUAACAUCUAAUAUCCAUACCUUUUAUUGGUGUAUUUUGUUGAUGUUUGGACAGAAUGACUACUUGGAGGUGGAGGUUUUCUUUAUCUGGGAUAAGUUGUCCCGUAAGGUUGGAGUCAGCAAUAGGCCUAAUGUUUAACCACUGAAUCUUAUCAUGUAAAAUGAAAACUAUACUACUGAAUGUUCCUUUGCUGUUUAAUACAGUAUUGUGCAAAUGUCUUAGGCACAUGUAUAUAGCUAGGGUGUCUCAGAAUGUGCAUAAUACUGUAGUUGUCAAUAUGGAGCAGAGAGUCAGUUUGUAAAUCUGGCGGGAGCAAAGGAUGUUGGGAAUGGCAAGGGCGGAGCUCUCCGAGAACAGCGUGGGACGGGUGGCAGAGGAGUGCCAGGGGUGCAGGGUGGCAUGGAUGCAGACACACCCAGCCCUGAGACACCAGGCAAAGUCAUUUCAUUCCAAACAACUGGUUUAUUGCUCAUUAUGGAAUGUCUCUCUGGUGCUUCCCACUCCCUCCCCUCUUCCUUCCCCUUUUCCCAACCAUGAUUUCGUUCUCCCAGCCCUCUUCCUGCUCUCAGUCCACAGUAGAGACUGGUAUUAGAAUCAGGUUUAUCAUCACAUAUGUCAUAAAGUUUGUUCUUGUUUUUUGCUGCAGCCCUGUGCAGUACAAUACUUAAAAUUAAUACAAUACUGUGCAAAAGUCUUAGGCAUCCUGGCUAUAUAUGUAUGUGCCUAAGACUUUUGCACAGUACAAUAUGAUGUUCAUCUAAAGUAAACCAGAACAGAAAUUCUGUACCAACUAAUGAAUCACAAAAUUAAACCAAUGUUUUCUUUAUACAAGAAAGUUUCAAAUAUAAUCACCUAAAUUGCAUUUAAUUCUGUAAUUCUAAGUUAUACCCGAUACUCUAAAUAAAUGUACGA